GCUAAGACUACGUUUCAGGAUAUGUGUUGCUCUGUGACCUAAUUUAGUGAGGUAGUAGUAUUAAAAAGCUAUUCUUGUUUGAAGUUGAGAUUGCAACCGGACACGGAAACUCACAGCCUCAUACUCCAACCUACAUUGUCGAUCAUGUUACUAGACAUUUUUGAAAUCAAAGAAAUACACCUAUAUUAAACCUCAAGAACAUCCGGUAAAUUAUUGAUUAUUGUUAUAAAAGAACAGCGCACGCUAUCUUGAGUUUGCUCAAUUGACGUUUUUGCGUUCAGCAGCACCUUAAUAUCAUACACCUAUUGUACAUUUUUAAGAUGAGCGUUGCAGGCUUCAUCUCACGUGUAAAGAGCGUUAUAAAGCCGCAAAAUUGGAGAACAAAACCUCAAGAGGAGGAUAUUAAGGCUCCCACAGUACCAUUAGAGCAGACCGAGUCUACAUCAAAGGAUUCGUCAAAAUCGGGGCUACACGCACCAAAGUCGAAUAAAGGACUACGAAAACCUUCAGUUUCGAGCGGACAGUCGUCAAGCAGGUCAAGCGCUAAGCAAGACGUAAGCCCUGAGCCUACAGAUUACCUAUAUUUCGGCGAAGGCGUAUCGCCCGCAGAAGUCUCCCAGUCUCUAUCAGAGCAAAGCCAAAGCAAAUCACCCAGCAUCCGACCAGCCCAAGCGUCGACGACGACGGGAACCCAUAAUAACCCAGCUACUGGUAGUGGUAAAGAUAACAGUGGAUUUUUGAAGACGGGGAUGGAUACACAGGCAACUCAGAUGGGAUAUUCAAAUUUGACUUAUGGAGGAUCACUGCAGUACGAUUAUGCUGGGACUCAGGCACCGGGCGUGGCAGGUGUCGAUUAAUACGACAUGAAAAAUGAAUCAAGUUUCCCUGCCCUGUAUUCACUGCCUCUUCUCCAUUUUUAUUUAGUAUGAUACCAGUUUAGACCCUAGCAAAUGUAGA